AGAGAGGUGAAGUUCCGGAAGCGCGGGGUAGGAGGACAUCUGGGCUUGCGGGCUGGGGCGGCGUGGCAGCUCCUUGCUGCUCCCCGAUGGCCUCUCGCCGGGGACCCACCACGGCGCUCUUGGUGGCCCUGCCGCUCCUGCUGCUCCUAGUCCCGGACCCUGGGCUGGCGGGAGCCAUCACCGAAGACAGCGACUGGGUCAAAUUACCCAGCAAGUGCGAAGUGUGCAAGUAUGUGGCUUUGGAACUCAAGUCUUCCUUCGAUGAAACUGGCAAGACCAAGGAGGUGAUUGACACAAAGUAUGGCUUUCUAGAUGGCAAGAAGUCCAAAAUCAAGUACACAAAAUCAGACCUUCGCUUAAUUGAAGUGACUGAAAACAUCUGUAAGAGGCUAUUGGAGUACAACCUGCACAAAGAGAGGACAGGGAGCAACCGAUUUGCAAAGGGCAUGUCUGAGACAUUUGAGACUCUUCAUAACCUGGUGCAUAAAGGAGUAAAAGUGGUGAUGGACAUUCCAUACGAGCUGUGGAAUGAAACCUCGGCAGAAGUGGCUGACCUUAAGAAACAGUGUGAGGUAAUGGUGGAGGAAUAUGAAGAUGUGAUUGAAGACUGGUACAGAAAUCACCAAGAAGAUGACAUUUCCCAGUUUCUCUGUGCAAAUCAUGUCUUGAAAGGAAAGGACACCAGCUGCCUGACAGAGCAGUGGAGUGGCAAGAAGGGGGACACAGCAAGUUCAGGUCAGAAGAAAACAAAGAAAAAGGAUGGUAAAGCCAAGAAGGCUGCAAAAAGUAAAAAGAGCAGCAAGGAUGAGGUGGAGAAGGAAACGGAGAAUAUGAAGUUGAAUGCCAAAGAGGCAGCAGAUCGAGGAAAGGAGAAAGAAGAGGACAUUCAGAAGGUGGCUCCACUUCUGCACAGUGCCGACGAAUUGUAGGCUCUCAGGAUGGAGGCACGCGUGCACACGUAUACCCCUCUACCUUCAUGUGGGGCUGCAAACUUGUAUUUGGGCCUCAGAGAAUUCCUUUAGCCUGAAGUCACAAGGUGGAGGUUCUUACUCACUUGAGGGGGGAAGUGCAUUGGCAUCGAAGUCUGUCCCUGAUGUGCAAUGACCAUGGUCAUUUGAACCGUAGCUAUCCGUAGCUAUCCAGUGUUAUUUUGUGUAGCUGUAUUUCCCCACAGGUGCAGGGUGGGCUGACCCCAGCUAGCCCCUUGCGUCUUGGGGAGGGGGCGCAGAACAGAGUCGGACAGAGACUGCAGGGUGCUGGCUAUCUAAACUGGCUUGCCUUCAGAAGCUGAACGUGCUACCCACCUUGAUUUCCAUUCCCACCCGCUUUCUGCAACUUUAACCUGCCAAACAAUUGGGAAGUGCGAGUAAAGAGGUGAAAAUGUGACCGCUCACCUUUGUAGCCUCAUGGGACAGGAUUUGACUACAGCCCAGAUAAUAAACAGUCUCCAGUCCUCCAAGCAGGCUGUAACUCUGUACCUUCCCAAAGUUGAUUCCUUGGAAGGUGGGUUCAGUUUGCGGUUGGUUUUUUUGUUUUGUUUUUUGUAUAAUGCAGAUCACUGAGCUUAUCUGGAGGGAAAUGAGCGUGACAUUAUCAGUAUAAUGAGCGGUAUUAUGUUUGUGUGAUCUUUUUUUUUUAAAAAAAAUUAUUUUGGUUAGCUGUCUUCUUAAGGGAUGAAUUCCUUCAGCAGCUCCAGUCAGGAGAAUACUUUAGUUGUCUGUGUUGUUCUUCUCCCCAAGUCCUUGCUGCCUUUAGCUGCAGUGAAUACCCUUCCCAUGUUCUGAAAUCCUGCACAGAGUGUAAAUAAAGGGUUGUUUUGCAUA